GGCUUCGUUUAUGAGAUAAAUGCGUUUCUUUUCUCAAAAUCGGCAAUAAUGGAGAAAAUUGCUGCGCGUUCAAUUUGCUUGAUGAGAGCCUGAAUCGAGAAGUAUGUGACGUAACAUAAGGACAAGGAAGUUUUUCUGAAGUGUGACUUUUGCUAUAAUUUCUACUUUAUUUACUACGACUCUGCAUCAAAAUGCCUGAUAGAUGUGCAGUUUUCGGCUGUUCAAACCGAGCAAAUUCUGCGGAAAGAAUUUCUCUUCACCGUAUACCAUUUUACGGUGAUGAGCGUCCUGAAGCGAAGCGAAGACGUAAAAUCUGGGUGAAUUUUGUUGCAAGAAAACGCGCUCGAUGGACACCGACUAAGUAUUCGGCUGUUUAUCAUUGUGAUGGCAAAGAAAUUUGGGCAAAGUUCAAAUCUUUCCUGAGUCACAUAGUAGACAAGCACACCAAUUUGGAUAAUCCACUGUUUUCAAGUUGUUUUCAUGGCCCUGAUAUUAAACCAAGGGAAUAUUUGUUAGAAGGUUCAGUUGCUCAUGAAAAGCUUAGUGCUAAAUUUUUAAACCCACAGCUGAUGAAGUCAAUUCACCUGGCUUCACCAGUUGCUCAAACAAGUUGUUUGGAAGGAUUCCUUUCUGUCCUGAAUCAUUUUGCUCCAAAAAUGAUUCAUUAUUCCUAUGUUGGAAUGUAUUGCAGACACAUUUUGGCAUCCAUCCACUUCAACAACAACUUAAGGCGUGAUGUAAAGAUGAAGAAUGAUGGCACUUUCCAAAUAAAUGUAGUGUAUCCAAAGUUUAAAAAUGGUGAAGGAACUGUGAGGGAUGUCAGAGUUAAGUCCAAAUUUGAGUAUGUGGAUGAAUUAUUUGAGAGUGUGAUGCUGUCAAUAAAAGACAAAGACGCAUUAUCAAAUUCACAAAAUCUUUUGAAAGAAAUGUCUCCACCAUCAAUGAAUGUCAUGCUGCAAAAGCAACCCAGAGCUGAGGUGUUACUAAAACAGGUCCGUUGAAAAUGCAUUGUGGUCAAUGAUGUCCCUCCCUCAAUUCCAGGUAAUUAAUAAUGAUUAUAUAAGAUGUGGUAGCUAAACACGGUUUGAAAAUCAUUUUAAAUAAUAAAAAUGUUUUUGUUUCAUGCCAGCAGCUACCAGUGUACCAUUCAGCUGUCAGUCAAAAGUGGCAGUUUCAAAAGAAAAAAGUCAGCCAAAAUGUUUGACAUGCAAGAAGCCAAUGAAAGGUCACAAACAUGUGGCAGAUUGCCCAAAAAAUAGGAAAACUUAAUUUUCACAUCACUCAUUUCAUUUUCUUCGUACCCUCUAAAUUCCAACUUUUUAUCAUUAAAUUUUGAUCUUAUUGCAUGGUAUGCACAUGCUGGUAAUAGUCCUAUUUCUUCUCCUAAGCAUCCAUAAAUCAUAGAUGUGAAUUCUCUGUAUGCAACACAUCGUAAAAACCUGAAUAUAAAGCCAAAUCAUUACUAAUGUGUCAUAACACUAAAAUAUACUUAAAUACUGGGAAAUAACAUAAUAUGCUAUCAUA